AUGACUGAAAAGCAAGAUAUCUCCAAGCUUGUCAAAACAUUCCACAGCGAUCUGAAGCAGAAAUACGAUCGGCAGGGCACCAAAGUCGAAAAGAUCUGGCGUACAUUUGGGAAGGCGAAACGGGAGAAAAUACUCAGGGCCGGCGCUGUCAGUGGUCGCGUGCUCGAAUGUCCGACCGACAGAGGCCUGGGCGAACUGUAUAAGCUCAUCCCGGAGUGGAAUCUCUUCGACAUCACCGAGCCCGGCUCAGACUAUUUGCUGGAUCAUCUCCACUAUCGUGCUACCACGUCUCUCACUGACCAGUAUGACCAGGGAAUCGACAGAGCACCAGGAGAUGCAGACUUCAUUGAGACGAGUAUGCGUGUCCACAACCUCCGUUGCAAACCGACUCUCCAGCACAGUGUCACCCUAUUUGCAUCCGAGGAUGACUAUGGGAAAUCUUACUCGGUCAGCAACUGUGCGGAGUAUGAAGAAGUCAUGACAGACAUGUCGGCACUAUGUUUUCUGCGAGCCCUUAACAUCAUUGUGGACGAUAUUCUCGACGAAGGCUCGACCGUCGACCGGAAGGUGCAAUCAGAGAACACGGUCCUGCACGCCUUGUCCUCGCUUACACUGGAGCUUAAGCCCGAGAAGCUCUCCCUUCAAGAGCUGACGGCUCGUGCGGCGGACCGGAAGUCUGCUCUAGAAGAUUACCACCACCUCUGUUGCAGCGAGCCCGAGUUCCUCGCUCACGUGGUGAAUGUCUGGUACUCCAGUCGACCGGAGCUUGUGCACGAUGAAAAGGGUCGGAUCAUUCCUCCGGAUGCAGGUAAAUACAUCGGGAUGGCAAUGUUUCAGGCCAUGCACAGUUAUUUGGUGGGAAUUACCAUUUGGGAUUUUAUCUGUAGGCUCCUGAGGGCUCUCAUUGACAAGCCGGAAGAACCAGCGUACAGAAGCCUUGUGCUUCAGGAACUGGCCAACGUGGUCUCACUUGAGUACAAGCGGGUCCAAUCGCAAUUGAAACGCUACUUUCAAGCUUUCUCCGGUUGGGGGUAUUUCAAACGCAUCUCCGGUGUGUACGAUGAUGGCGUCCCGCGGGUGUCUCCCAAGACCAAACCAGACCUCUUGUCCAGCCUGGAGCCACACCUCCAUUAUAUGCAUCGGCUGUGCCACCCGGAGACCAACCCUUCCAAAGCAGUCGACUGGAUCAAGAAAAUGGAUGAUCUCCACCGCACCGACCGGACGGAGAGAGCCAAAAUGACCAAGCAGGAGUUUGAUGCAUUCGGGGAUCUGGCCAUCACCACCAGCUUCGUUCAAACUCUCUCUGCGUCUCUCCCAAUACCCAGCGCCCGCCAAAAGAACGCCCCGACCUAUACAGGAAAAUUAAAGGACUCGUUCACGACAAUCGAUCUUCUCAAGAAGGAUCUCGACAUAUCUAGCUAUGUAGUCCCGAUCGAAAGCCUCCUCGAGUCCGAAAAGUCCCAAGCUGCCUUGAACGCCUUGAACCGAUCCUUCUUUGGAGAAGAAUCCUCUUCGGAUAUCAGCCUGCUCUACCUACCGCUCGCCAGAUGCGCCAUUUUCAAGCUCCAAAAUCAGUAUAGAAAGCAACAGCCGGGGCCUGAUUCCGACCCGCUCUUAAGAACUCCAAAGUGUCUGGGCCCAAUUACUCCGAUGUCAGCCUGGCGAGAGAAAGUCCCAAUACUUACCGCCGACGACACGAUCCCCGAAGUGCCCGAAGAUAUCUUCAAGGUCAAACUCAGCACGUACAACGUUUUUUGGACGCUGCUUUCCAAGGCAGGCGCCCGGGGUUCGAUCACUUGGGCGGCGUUUGAAGCUGCCAUGGUCGAUAUGGGGUUCUCUGUUGUUCCGGGAUUCGGCUCUGUGUAUACCUUUGUGCCGCUGAAGGGAUGUUCUCAGAAACGGGUUAUUACCCUGCAUCGGCCCCAUACGCAGAAGAUUGAAGGGCACUGUCUGUUAAUCAUUGCACGCCGCUUGGGGUGGAGGUAUGGGUGGGUUGAGGCGUCGUUUGAGGUGGCUUAG